CACCGGCAUGCACACACACCCUUUUUUUUUUCUGCUAUUUAGGUAAAACUGAGCCAACAAUUUCUUCAUUGUAUAGCAGCACCCGCACUGCAGGCAGAAGCUGGCCUUGGAUGUCCAACCCUUUUCCUUUGCGAGGGAGAGGAAGGCAGUAAGAGACGCAGGCAAAAGGCUACUUCAAGCCACCAAGGAAGGAUGUGGGCUUAUACUGCUGGUUUUACUGUCCUGCCUCACAUUGGAGGUUUCCUUGGCUGGUUCAUUAAUCGAAAAGAAAUACCUGUUUGGUAUGAGAAGCUGAAAAAGCCUUCAUGGUGUCCACCCCGCAAAAUAUUCCCUGUUGCUUGGACUGUCCUGUACACCGGCAUGGGCUAUGCCUCCUACCUGAUAUGGAAUGACCUGGGUGGCUGCAGCAGCAAAGCCCUCGUCCCGCUUGGCCUCUACGGGGCUCAGCUGGUCUUGAACUGGGCUUGGCCUCCCCUCUUCUUCAGCGCACAUAACCUGAAGAUGUGGCCAUAACUUAAUACUCCCAUACUCAAGAAGAUGGCAGAAAAGCAGGAGGAGCCCAGCAACACCCAGAAUGGAGAGCCUGACAAUGCAGAAGAAGGCGAGGAAAAAAAGAAGAAGAAGUUGAAGCGGGAAGACCUGCCGCCAUUUGAAAUUGUGACAGGGGAGCGCCUCCCAGCCAUGUUUUUCAAAUUCCAGUUCAGGAAUGUGGAAUACAGCUCAGGCAGGAACAAAACCUUCCUGUGUUAUGUUGUCGAGACCCAAGGCAAAGAGUCAGUGACUUCUCGGGGUUACCUGGAAGAUGAGCACGCUGCCGCCCAUGCAGAAAUGGCUUUCUUUAACACAAUUUUACCAAAGUUUGAAUCAAGCCUCCGCUACAACAUCACUUGGUACGUCUCCUCCAGUCCCUGUGUGACCUGUGCUGAUCGGAUAACCGAGACCCUAAAGAAGAACAAGAACCUGCAUCUGACAAUCAUGGUAGGGCGCCUCUUCAUGUGGGAAGAGCCAGAAAUGCAGGCUGCCCUGAAAAAAAUGAAGUCAGUUGGCUGCAAGCUGAGGAUUAUGAAGCCUCAAGACUUUGAGUAUGUCUGGCAGAACUUUGUGGAACAGGAGGAAGGAGAGGAAGCAAAGGCUUUCGUGCCAUGGGAGGACAUUCAAGAGAACUUCCAGUAUUACGAGGAAAAGCUGGCCGAGAUUUUACACUGAAGCUCACGACCAAUUCAGAAAAGAUUAUGAAGAGAGAUGCAACAGACUUGGACAUCUAGGACACUCCCACUUUCCAAGCUUUGAUUCCAGCAGGAUGGAGUACCAACUUCUGGAACACCAGGCCCUGAUGGACUACAAAUACACGUACAAAACAGAUCUUUGGUGAUUGGGAUUUUUUUUGGUUUGUUUUAUUCCUCCCCCUACGCUGGCCCCCACCCCAAACAAACCCAUGCUGCCUCUGCCGAUACGAAAAAAAGAAAGCAACGUACGGUGUGGUUAAAGUCUUGAACGAAAUGGAUUGCAGUGGACCUACAGGAAGACUGUAGGCCUCAAGUACUGGGAUGCCUCUAUCAGAAAAUACCUUAGAAC